GAGAGAGAGAGAGAGAGAGAGAGCGCAGAGAGAAUACAUAUACCGAUAUACGUACAUCUUCACGAGUACUUGUGCCAACUUCCAACCCAACAUUGCGCUCUCUCUCUCUCUCUCUCUUCCCCCCGAUUGAUGCCACUGCCGCCAUGGCCAUGGAGCUCGUGAUGGGUACCUACAGAUCAAACAACACCUUCGCAACCAAACUGGAAGACAACGCCGUGGUCCAAGAGGCGGCGUCGGGCCUCGAGAGCGUCGAGAAAUUCAUCCGGCUCCUAUCCAAGUCCCAAAUCUCUCCUCCUGAUUCCGACCGAAACUCGUCCAUGGAACUAAACACCGACUGCAAAGCCGUGGCCGACAUCGCCGUUACGAAAUUCAAGCGGGUCAUUUCCCUCCUGGGCCGCACCCAAACCGGCCACGCUAGGUUCCGGCGAGCCCCUCUGGUUUCACACCCCCCGAUUCCGGUCCAACACAACGAGGGAUACGACGGCCCGGAGACCAGGGUUUAUUGCCCGACUCCGAUUCAGCAGAUUCCUCUGGCGGUUUCCCACCCGAACCUGAAGAACAGGGUGAUUAGUUUCUCGUACUCGCCGGCGAUUUCCGGAGCAAACUCGUCGUUGACGGGGGAGACGGAAAUGAAGCAGCAGCAGCAGCAGCCGAUGUCGUCCGCGCCGUUUGUUGUGUCGAAUCUGUCUCAGGCGUCUUCGUCCGGUAAGCCGCCGUUGUUGAAGCGGAAGUGCAGUUCGUCGGAGAACGCUGCUUCCGGCAAGUGCAGUGGGUCCUCCGGCCGAUGCCAUUGUUCCAAGAAGAGAAAGCUGCGGCUGAAGAGGGUGGAAAGAGUUCCGGCGAUAAGCUCGAAAAUGGCGGACAUACCACCGGAUGAUUACUCGUGGAGGAAGUACGGUCAGAAACCCAUUAAAGGCUCUCCACAUCCAAGGGGUUACUAUAAAUGCAGCAGCGUGAGGGGAUGCCCGGCGCGUAAACACGUGGAGAGGGCUUUGGACGAUCCAGCGAUGCUUAUUGUCACCUACGAAGGCGAGCACAACCACUCUCUAUCCGUCGCUGAAACCAGUGGUCUUAUUUUGGAGUCCUCCUAAUUUAGGAUAAUAAUCUCUUUUUUUUUUCUCCCCUCAAUCAUCUAAUUAUCUACUAGCUCGGUGAGUUGAGUUCAAUGACUCAACUCAGCUCUGGAUCUCGAAGGAGAUUUUAAUUGGUGAGUUUAUUAGUUGUUUAUUCCUUGUACAAUACUACUUGGAUUCCCUGUUUCUCUCUCUCUCUUCGUUUCUCUGUCUAGAUUACUGUGAUCCCAUUGACGAGAUUGAUGAAAAGGAAAAGCAAGGGGGAAAAAAAAAAGAUGGUGGAUUUGGUAUGAUGUUAGUAGAAACAAAGAAAGUGGGUUCUAUGGUCUUUUUUUAA